GGUUUUCCUAAGAGAUGUAGAAGUGGAGAACCUGUAGUUAUGAAGACAUCGACGACUGCUAAAAACCCUGGAAGAUGGUUUCAUGCAUGUCCAUUUGGAAGGGAUGGGGAUUGGAAUCAUACAUUUAAAUGGACCGAUACGUCUAUGAUCGAAGAGAUUGAGGACUUGAUUGAGAAAGUGGAUAAUAUUGAAGGAGCUUUGAUCACAUUGCAAAAAGGCUUCAAUGCUUGUGAAUCCGAGAUUGAUACAAUUGCCAUGGAGACGCGUGUGUGUGAGGCUGUGGUUGACAAGGAGAUCCGAGAGUGCAAAAUGCAGCUAAGGAGCUUGAAUAACCUUGUCGGGUUUGCUUUGUCUACAAAUUUCCCUGACCCAGUUGAGAGUGCUGCAAGGAAGGAAAUAGUUAGACAAGCUGAGGAGUUAGGAGAAUUCGAGGAAACAGCAGAACAAAUGGUGAGGGCCUCCCUCCCUGCUCCACCUCCUCUCCCGGAUAGAUCCCAAUCUGAUGAGGGCUCGUCUAGUCAAGGACGAAUUCCUGUUUCUCAGCACCUAGGACCAGUCAACAUUAACAUGGUCAAGCCAAAGCCAAAGAAAAGACAAGUUGGGAAAAGAAUGCCCGGAAGACCACCAAGGAAAGAGCCUAGCCCAAAACCUCUUGGUGGUGUGAAUUCAAGGAAGAAGAAGCUGCUUGGUAACCAGCCAACACCUAGAAGGCGGCUUAAUAUGGAUCAUCUGGUUACCCCUGCAGUCCAAGUUCCCCCUCUUGCUGAUGUAAGCCUUCGUGAUGCGGCUACCCUCCCUUGUUUGAUGGAUUUUCGGUAUCCAUCCAACCGCCUCACAUAAAAGUUCUAAUAAGUUUUUAGGUUAAAUAAAUUUAGUUUUCUUAC